GUGUAUGAAUAUUGAUUACGCAGCGCCGUGCCGAGCGCCCGCCCCUCUCGGCUGCCCGACGCUCGCGGCUCGCGCUCGGGCUCGCGAUGGGGAAGAAGUCCCGGGCGGUACCCGGCCGCAGGCCCAUCCUGCAGCUCUCUCCGCCGGGGCCCCGGAGCAGCACGCCGGGCCGCGACCCGGAGCCGGAACCCGACGCCGAGCCGGACUCGACGGCGGCGGCGUCCACCCAGCCAGUCCCGGCGGCAGCGCCGCCGAGCACGACGAGCGCGGUGACUACUGCCGCCGCGGCUCCGGACGACUCGCCUUCAGAAGAUGAACAGGAAGUGGUGGUGGAGAUUCCCAGAGUUGUUCAGAAUCCUCCAAAACCAGUCAUGACCGCCAGACCCACAGCCGUGAAAGCAACAGGAGGUCUGUGCUUGCUUGGUGCAUAUGCUGACAGUGAUGACGACGAGAGUGAUGUUUCAGAAAAACCAGCGCAGUCGAAAGAGGCGAAUGGAAACCAGUCAGCCGAUAUUGAUAGUACAUUAGCCAACUUCCUAGCGGAGAUUGAUGCCAUAACAGCUCCUCAGCCAGCAGCUCCUGCAGGAGCCUCUGCUCCACCUCCUACUCCACCCCGACCGGAGCCAAAGGAAUCAGCAUCAUCUGCCCUUGCUUCCACUGCUGCAAAUGGAACAGACUCAGCCCAGGCGUCAGGGUGGCAGUAUGAUACCCAGUGUUCACUGGCAGGAGUUGGAAUUGAGAUGGGAGAUUGGCAAGAAGUCUGGGAUGAGAACACAGGAUGCUAUUAUUAUUGGAACACACAAACAAAUGAAGUGACUUGGGAGUUGCCCCAGUGUCUUGCCACCCAGGUACAGGGAUUACAACAUUACCAGCCCAGUUCUGUAACAGGUGCCGAAGCUAGUUUUGUGGUAAAUACCGACAUUUACACUAAGGAGAAAAAUGUUUCUGUUUCUAGUAGUAAAAGUGGACCAGUCGUACCCAAGCGAGAAGUUAAAAAGGAACUAAAUGAAGGAAUUCAGGCUCUCUCAAAUAAUGAGGAGGAGAAGAAAGGCGUGGCAGCAUCGUUGCUUGCUCCUUUGCUGCCUGAGGGAAUAAAGGAGGAAGAAGAGAGAUGGAGAAGAAAAGUAAUUUGUAAAGAAGCGGAGCCAAUUCCAGAAGUGAAGGAAACAAGUACGACAGUAGAAGAAGCAGCAACAGUCGGAAAGCCCCAGGAGAUGAUGUUGGACAGUUUGGAGGACCCUUCCCAGGAGGACCUGUGCAGUGUUGUUCAGUCUGGAGAGAGUGAAGAGGAAGAGGAGCAAGACACCCUUGAGCUGGAGCUAGUUUUGGAAAGGAAAAAAGCAGAGUUGCGAGCCUUGGAGGAAGGAGAUGGUAGUGUGUCAGGGUCUAGUCCAUGUUCUGAUAUCAGCCAGCCAGCAUCUCAAGAUGGAAUGCGUAGACUUAUGUCUAAAAGAGGGAAAUGGAAGAUGUUUGUUCGAGCUACCAGUCCAGAAUCUACCAGCCGGAGUUCUAGCAAAACUGGACGAGAGACUCCAGAAAAUGGAGAAGCUGCAGUUGGUGCUGAAAAUUCAGAAAAAAUAGAUGAGAAUUCAGACAAAGAGAUGGAAGUAGAAGAAUCCCCAGAGAAGAUAAGAGUACAAACAGCGCCGAAAGUAGAAGAGGAGCAGGAUUUGAAAUUUCAGAUCGGAGAACUGGCAAAUACCCUGACAAGUAAAUUUGAAUUCCUAGGCAUUAAUAGACAGUCCAUCUCCAACUUUCAUGUGCUGCUCUUACAGACUGAGACUCGGAUCGCAGACUGGCGGGAAGGGGCUCUUAAUGGAAACUACCUUAAACGUAAACUUCAGGAUGCAGCAGAACAACUAAAACAGUAUGAAAUAAACGCCACUCCUAAAGGCUGGUCCUGCCACUGGGACAGGGAUCAUAGACGAUAUUUCUAUGUAAACGAACAGUCGGGCGAGUCUCAGUGGGAGUUCCCAGAUGGUGAGGAGGAGGAGGAAGAAAGCCAAGCAGCAGAAAAUAGAGACGAGACUCUUCCUAAACAGACCUUGAAAGACAAAACUGGCGCUGAUUCCAAUUCAACAGAGUCCUCCGAGAAUUCCACAGGUUCUCUUUGUAAAGAGUCCUUUUCUGGCCAAGUUUCUUCUUCAUCACUCAUGCCACUUACUCCGUUCUGGACCCUCCUUCAGUCAAACGUGCCUGUGCUUCAACCUCCAUUACCUUUGGAAAUGCCACCGCCUCCACCUCCACCUCCAGAAUCCCCUCCUCCCCCUCCCCCCCCACCUCCUCCUGUAGAAGACGGUGAGAUCCAGGAGGUAGAGAUGGAGGAUGAGGGAAGUGAGGAGCCUCCUGCCCCGGGAACAGAGGAGGACACUCCAUUGAAACCUUCUGCACAAACCACGGUUGUAACCAGCCAGAGUUCGGGUGAUUCUACUGUCUCUACUUCUCCUUCCGCUAAAGCGAUAAAGAGGAAAGCUACAGAAAUUAGUACUGCAGUAGUUCAGAGAUCAGCUACCAUUGGUAGCUCUCCGGUCCUCUACAGCCAAUCAGCUAUAGCUGCAGGUCACCAGGCGGCAGGGAUUGGACAUCAAUCUGCAGGGAUCGGACACCAGGCAAUAUCAGUUAGCCAUCCAGCCACAGGAAUGGCUCAUCAGGCCAGAGGAAUGAGCCUACAGUCGAAUUACCUAGGAUUGGCAUCAGCUUCUGCACUUAUGAGCUAUGCUGAAUGUUCUGUCCCAAUGGCAGUGACUGCUCCCACGCUGCAGCCAGUCCAGGCCCGAGGUGCUGUGCCUACCACUGCCAUUAUAGAGCCACCACCACCACCUCCUCCUCCUCCUCCUCCACCACCACCACCAGCUCCCAAAGCGCCACCCCCUGAAAAGACGAAAAAAGGAAAGAAAGAUAAGGCAAAGAAGAGUAAAACCAAAAUGCCAUCUCUGGUAAAGAAGUGGCAGAGUAUCCAGCGAGAAUUGGACGAAGAGGAGAACUCUAGUUCGAGUGAAGAGGACCGGGAGUCAACUGCGCAGAAGCGCAUCGAGGAGUGGAAACAGCAGCAGCUGGUCAGUGGCAUGGCAGAGAGAAAUGCAAAUUUUGAAGCCCUCCCUGAGGAUUGGCGAGCAAGACUGAAAAGAAGGAAAAUGGCUCCAAACACAUAGUUUUUUUAAAAAAAAAUUUUUUUAAUUUCUAUUAUUGACUUUUUUUUUAAAUUUAGUUCAGAGUCUUAACUAGUUUUACUGUUGUCAAUAAACUAUAAAUGUUAUGAGGGAGAGCAUAUGAAUUUCCUGGGCAAGAGCAUCCACGUACAAAAUUCGCACAUGCGUGAAACGUAAUUUUUCUGUUUUGUUGAAGGGUGAGGUGACUGAAUGCUUUGACCUGGCUGCCUUUAUCCUUUCUCACACUGGCACACUCAGCAGGGUAUGUUCCUUAACCUCAUCCAGCUGGAACUUGUGGCUCCUAAGUAUGACACCUCUGUAGAGGCCUCGCUGCCCAGUGAUGGAUUUUCCUCCCUAAUAGAGGCUCAUUCAGUUCCUGGUGUGGCGCUCUCUCGUUAACGUCUCCAGAACAAGUGCAAUUAAGAAGGCAGCUCUGUAUUCUUCUACCUGGUUAACUGGGAUCUUGGAAUCUCUGACCUCUUCCUCUAGUCUGCCACCCCUGAAGUGCGGAGGAAUAUUAAGUUGUUUACCCUGUGCUGACAGAUGGCCACACUCUCUGAGAGUAUUGUUUCUCACAAAUUCUAGAACCGAUAGCUCAGUGGUUUCACACACUAGGUGGAGUGGCAUACUUAGAUUUCAAUACAGGCAGCAGCUGGUGUUCAUGUCUUUGAUUUUGAGAACUCCCCCUCACAUAUGUGGCAGUAAAUGUAAUAAGAGCCGCUGUAUGUAUUGAUGUAUCUCCCUUGUCUUACCUUGUUCCAGAAUUCACCUCCCUUAUAUGUGUGAAUGUAUUCUCCAUAAAAAUUCCAGUAUUUAAAAAACAGUUUACUGUUCCGUACUUUGUAUUGUAUCACAAUCAGGUAAAAGUCACUUUAAACUGAAGAAAAGGCAAAUUGUGUUUUAAAGCUCUUUGUAUUUCUCCAGUUUCUGACCUUGUAAAUUUGUAUAUAUGCACUAAUAAAGCUUUUUUUAUACUUCC